AUGGCCGAGUACGCUCGAUUUCCUUGUCUGCCAGACGACGCAAAGCAUGAGGAUGGAACUCCAGCUCUCAAUCGCCAUUCCACCUUUAUCACAAGAGGACAUGACUUCCCUGCUGCUAAGGCUAUGCUGUACGGUGCAGGAGUCCCCGACCCAGAGACAAUGGCAAAGAGCCCACAUGUCGGCAUUGGAUCUGUUUGGUGGGAAGGAAAUCCGUGUAACAUGCACCUGUUGGACCUGGGGAAGACGGUAAAAAAGGCAGUGCAGGAACAGGAUAUGGUUGCCUGGCAAUAUAAUACAAUCGGAGUCUCGGAUGGCAUCACAGUGGGCCACGAGGGAAUGCGAUUCUCCCUGCAGUCGCGUGAAAUCAUCGCUGAUAGCAUCGAAACCGUCACCUGCGCUCAACACCACGACGCGUGCAUCGCCGUCCCCGGCUGCGACAAGAACCUCCCUGGCGUGGUGAUGGGAAUCGCGAGGCACAACAGACCGUCGGUCGUUAUAUACGGGGGAUCGAUCCAGAUUGGCUUCUCCCAAACCCUUCGCAAGCGUCUCAAUCUGGGGUCAGCCUUCGAAGCAGCCGGUGCAUAUACGUACGACACCUUGCAGGACUUAGCAACCGAAGACAGCAUUAAAGGCCUCCACGCCAAGGACGAGAUAAUGGACGAUAUUGAGCAACACACCUGUCCCACUGCUGGAGCCUGUGGAGGGAUGUUUACUGCAAACACCAUGGCCACGGCGAUUGAGUCUCUCGGCCUGAGUCUGCCCGGCUCGGCCUCAACGCCUGCUUCCUCUCCUUCGAAAAUGAGGGAGUGCGUAAAGGCCGCCGAGGCGAUCAAGGUCUGUUUGGAGAGGAACAUCAAGCCUUCUGAAAUCCUAACUAAACGAUCCUUUGAAAAUGCUUUGGUCAUGGUGAUCGCCCUUGGAGGCAGUACUAACGCUGUUCUCCAUCUGCUGGCCAUGGCACGAACUGCAGGCGUCGACCUCACCCUUGACGAUAUCCAGAGCGUGAGCAAUAGAAUACCAUUCAUCGCCGACCUGGCUCCAAGCGGGAAAUACCUCAUGCCAGACCUGUAUGAAAUCGGCGGUGUCCCUUCAGUACAAAAGCUAUUGAUCGCCGCUGGGCUUCUCGACGGCGAAAUACCCACUGUGACUGGGAGGAAGUUAGCAGAGAAUGUUGCAGGAUUUCCUUCACUUCCGCCUGAUCAAGUUAUAAUCCGGCCUUUGAAUAGUCCCAUCAAGGAAACAGGCCAUAUUCAGAUCCUGCGAGGAAACAUCGCCCCGGGCGGCUCCGUGGCAAAGAUUACCGGCAAAGAGGGAACGCGUUUUGUUGGUAGGGCCAUGGUGUUUGACAAGGAGAGACAUCUCAACCAGGCCCUGGUUAAGGGCGAGAUUCCCCGUGGCGAGAAUAUCGUCAUCGUGGUCCGGUAUGAGGGACCCAAGGGAGGUCCAGGGAUGCCGGAGCAACUCAAGGCAAGUGCCGCAAUUAUCGGAGCUAAGUUAACAAAUAUCGCCCUUAUAACGGAUGGGAGAUAUUCAGGGGCGAGCCAUGGAUUCAUCGUGGGCCAUAUUGUUCCUGAGGCUGCGUCUGGGGGUCCUAUCGCGGUGGUCCAGACAGGCGAUGUCAUCACAAUCGAUGCGGAGAAAAACCAGAUCAGUAUGAAUGUUUCUGACGAGGAAAUAAAAUACCGACUGGACAUCUGGAAACCCCCAAAGCCUGCUAUAACUCGUGGUGCUCUGGGAAAAUACUCCCGUCUGGUGGGUGAUGCCUCCCAUGGCGCAAUGACCGAUCUCUUCUAG